AUGUUAUCAUCCAAGGUAGCCCCAACCCCAGAACGUCGAGUUUCCUGGAUUUUUGACAAUAAGAAUCCCAAAACUAAUGGUGAUAAUGUCAGUACGACUAAUGAAAAACCCGGUUCUACUGUUCCAAAUCAGAACGAUGAGAACGCUCAACUACAACAACUUGAAAAUAGAGCGAAAGUCUUGACUCAGAACCUGAUUCAUCAAGAAAACGAAGGUGAAAGUCAGUUGGACGACUUUUUCUUAUACACUUCGAUCAGUGGCCUCAGGUUUUUACAUUCUAAGAACCCGAAGUGGUUCAAGUAGGUAUUGUAAAUAAAGCUUUAAAAUUUGUCAUAUUUUACAAUUUGAAAUAAAUUAAUCGUUUUUCGCAUGUGCGAUAUGUAUAGAAUUAAGAUCAAGGAACGAAUUUUACACUAUUUUAAUUUUUUUUCAGAACCUUGUCCGGCUUCACAUUAAUACUGAGUUUGUUGACAUGUGCUUAUCAUUCUUCAAUUUUUGUCAAAAAAUAUUUUAAUCAAGAAAAUGAAACUCAAUUCUUUUCAACCGCAUUUAAAAAUGUGCCAUUUCCAUCAAUCAUCGUUUGUCCUAUCACAAGACAUAGGUAAGUAACUACCUUGCCUUGACUUAUCUUGCCUUUCCUUGCCUUGAUUUGCCUUGCCUUGUCCAGUCUUUACAGUAUCUUUUAUUAGUCCAGUCUUUAGUUCUCUUAACCCUUAUCGUAACACUACAGUAGUUUUUGUAGCUUUACUAUAAUUCACACAGUAUUCCAAACUCUAUUUUCUACUAUAAUCUAUAUUGAAAAUACUAUGCAAAUUAUUAUCUAUCUCCUAGUCUAUAGAAGCAUUCAUACACUACUUCCUACCCUAACUUACGUUAAUUUAUUCUAACCAAACUACCUUACUUUACCUUAUUUUAUUUAACUAUACGUUCUUAUAUAAUGUUAUCACUUCCAGAAUCCUCCGAGAAAAUUACAGUCCAGACUUUGCCCACUUUCUAACGAACUUCUGGAUGAGUCACGAUGAAGAGCCGGUGAUUCAGAAUAAGUCUCUACAACAAUGGUUAGAAGAGUUGAAUAAUCAACUUCAACGGAUUCGAUCGCCACUACAUGAGAUCGACCAGUUGAAUUAUUGGAGUGAAAGAGUGGCUAAAAUACUGCCAAAUACAGCUAUUCUACUUAACAUCAGUGAUGCUUUAAGGAUUUUAAAGCCUGAUACUCAUAUUAACAAUCACUUUGAUUACCAUUCGUUCAAGGUUCAGAGCGAUCAAUGUUCACAAUUUUUGGAUUUUAGAAAUGUAAUUUUUUUAAUUUUUUUUUGUGAAAAGCAUACAAAAAUGACUGUAUAAUAAUCAAAAAAAGUAUUUUUCAGAAUAACACACUAGAUGGAUUUAUUCAAUGUAGACUGACAAAUGUCAGAGUACUAAUUGGUGCAACUUUAAAUAGUUAUCAGUACUUGUUGAAGACCAUAAAUGACCCUCCCAUCAUUAGUGAUUAUAUUUUGCGGUAAGUUACUUUGGACUACUUAGCCCUACUAUAUCCUAUAUUAACCUACCCUACCCUGCGUACCCUUCUAACCUUACUCUUCUUACCCUGUUUCAUCUUACCUCGCUUUACAUACCUAGCCUAUCUCUUUCCCAUUCUAAGAAUGAUGUUCGUAUUUUACACAAAUACACUUUUUACAACAAAAACUAGGUUCAUGAUUUUAUUUUCAGUUGUAAAUGGGUUGACAUGUCAGAUUGCGUACUAAAAACAGUUAACACCACAUUGGGGAUGCUCUGUAUUCAAGCUGGGCCCAAAAAUGCGUUUAAUAUUUCAGGUGAAAGUAAGUAAAUACAUUUUUAUCAUGUUAGUUGGUGCCACGGUUUCUAAGGGCUGAAAAGUCGGCACGAUUUCGGAGCGGCUCCUUUAUCAAAACAUACGUUACCAAAGUAAAAUUUAGUAAUGAAGUACCCAGUAAGAAUAGUGAUCGAUUCGCAAGCCUUCAACAACCAAGCUGACACUUUCAAACCAGAUGAAAUCAAAGUGAGUAUUAAACUUUAAAAUGGUUUUAAAAACAUUCCGCUUUCGUCAAUAAAAACCUGCAAGGAGGCGACUAUGCCCGACAGAUAAACGGCAGGUACAAGUAGGCCUGGCCCGGCCCCUUUCCAGGACUUUCAUUUUUUCAAUUCAACACAUAUUUCUAGGCUUGGAAAAGAGCCACUAAGCCCAGCUCGGCACACAUAGGCUAAUUCCGUUUUUUUAAGAAUAAUCAACACUUAUUUUGAAGUAAAAAUGUUACAGAUAGGUUUUCACGACCACGAAACAGAACUACCCCGCCCAACACAAUAUGCGAGCUUUGGAGGGUCUGAAAUGGUUGAUAUGGACAUAACUGUGGUUCAGGAUGUAUGUAGCGCAAAAUACUUUGCAUAUUGUCAUGAUUAUACUUUUGUGAUAAGUUUUUAUCAUUUUAUGAUUAUUUAAAAUUAUUAUAUUGUUUUAGUUCUAUCAGUAUGGAUCGACAAGCUGCCAUGCCAAUAUUGACUUAAAUUCAACAAAAAGUAGUGAUAAAGGUAAAAAUCCAUUUUUAUCAUCUUAUACCAUUUUGCGUCAACUUUUUCCAUUUUGAGUCAACUUUUACCCUUUUCGAGCCAUCUUUUACCAUUCUGUGUCGUCUUUUACAAUUUUGAGUCAUCUUUACCAUUUUGUGUCUACUUUUACCCUUUUUGUCAUCUUUCACCAUUUUCCUUUUUGUUACAGUAUAUUCACAAUAACAAAUUUAAAUUUUUAAAAAACUCGAAAUUUUAAAAAUUUUUCAAAUUCAGUUUGUAUUUGGAGAAACUACCGUUUCGAUGUGUCAUUAAAUGACUAUGAAAGCACAUCUGAAGUCAGAAAACUAGUGAAACCAAUAAGAAAAGCAGAGUGGCGCGGGAUUGACAAAGUAAUCGAAGCUGCUGAUGGUGACGUCUUUUAUCCACUAUUGUAAGUUUAUUAUGUUGUUUACACUUUAAAAGUAAAUCAACCUUACCUUACCCUAUCUUACUCUACUUUACCCUACUCUAUCAUUGUAAUAAUACUACAGUAGUGCAAAUAUAAAGCUAAAUAUAACCGUAUUUUACCUACAGAUCUCGUCGGUUAAGACGUUUAAACGAAGAAUGCAUUGACACUCACAUAAACCUGGGCAGACUGUUCCAUGCCAAGAACAAGGAUUAUAUUGUUGAUGAGACCUUUGCUCAUCAAGUCAGGUAAGUCAAUAUUUUUCAAAAAUUUUUAAUUUUGAUAUUUUUGUUUCAGUGAAAAAGUAGAUCCUAUGCCAAUCACUUAUCCAUGUUUAGAAGUGAGUUUUGGUUAGAUAAAAGUAUUUUCUAUUCAAUUAAAAUUCUCGACAAAGCGACCACGUAUUUUACAUUUUACGAUGUUAACAUAGGUGCUAUCCUCCACUUUUGCCGAUAUUGUCUUUAGUUUUUAGAGCCCAAUCUACAUGCAUCUAAAAACAAUACUUCAUGUAGCAUUUAACAAGAUUACAACACAAGAAAAAGAUUUUAUUGCAAAAAAUGGCAAUAACUAUCAUGGUUAUGCUAGUAUGUUCUUGUUCAAAAGACGAUUCUCUCAUACCAAAACGUUACGAUACUAUCGGAACAAACAAAACUUGGAACAACUGAACACGGUAAGUUACUGUGCUUUACUCUGCAAUAGGGUAUUCUAUUCUACCCUGCCUUAUCCUGCAUUAAAAUUCUUUUCCUAACCCAGGCCUCAUGGUUAAUAUUUUGAAAUUACUGCAUAAAAAGUCACAUUCCCUAUAAUAAAAACAACUUUUUAGUACAUCAAAACCAUCUACAAUGCUCUAAUAGUAUCCUACAACAACAUUACCAAAGAUCCAUCCGUAUGCUCCGAGAUAAAACCAAUACUUCAUAACCUUAUCCAUAACAGCAUGUUCUCCAUGAUGAACAGUCGAAAUACGUCUAGGUUUAUGAACAAUUUUGGUCGAAUCACUCAAAGACGUGAUGUCAAAGUUAUUCAGAAGGAUUAUGCCAGGUGAUCAAGUCAUUUUGACACUGUUCUAAUAGUGAUAGAGAUUUAUCUUCGUCAUGGUCAAUAUUAGUUUAUAGGUUUAAUUUAAAUUGAUGUUUUUUUGAAAAAGAUAUGUAAGGCUGACCUUCAAGUUUAUAAAAUCUUAUUCUCAAUGUAUUUCUCCUACUUUCAGCCAAAACUUUCUCCAGAUUCAGGUCAGAUUCCGCACGCUGGACCGUGAAGUCGUGAGUCAUGCUCCAGAAUACAAUGUUUUUCAGUUUAUCGGUAAGUCCAUCAGUUUUAAAACUUGAAAACCAAACAAAACUAACACAAAAUUAAACUCACAUUUCCAGCUGACCUAGGCGGCACUAUGGGCCUCUAUUUUGGCCUGUCGUUCCUAACGUUCUACGAGUUUUUGGUGUUCAUGUUCGUCAAAGACGCUGCAAUUGGAAAUGAACCUCCACCUAAAAGAAACAUAAUAUACAAUAAUGAAAAACAAAAACAUGCCAGAAGACGAAGAAUCCGAGAUGUGUUUUCAGCUGAAAUGCGCAAACCUAAAGUUGUAUAA